AUGAAGGCGAUACAGGACCUCAAGGCUCAGCAGGUACAAUCUUGUAAAGAUUUCAAUAACUCUUAUGAAGCCUUAAACUCUAAAGUAGAUGAUAGCCUAAAAGUGAAUACAGACCUCUCUGAAAAGUUAAGUAAGUUUAUUACUACAAUAGAGAGACUAGAAUCAGAAAAUGUGCAGCUCAAAGUAAAACUGCAUGCCCUUGAGUCUAGGCUGGAAGAACAAGAGCAGUAUACAAGAAGGAAUUGUAUUGAAAUACAGGGUGUCCCUGUGAGAAAUAAUAAUGUAAUGGACACAGUCAAGGAUGUUGGCAAAGCUCUUGGGAUGGAGAUCAAGGAGGAGAUGAUAGAUGCUUGCCAUACAUUGGGCAAGAGGAAGGAUGCUGAGGGACCUCCGGGAAUAAUUGUAAAAUUUGUACGGAGGACUGAUGCUGACAACCUUUUAGCAAAACGCCGAGCCAAGGCCCAAUUCUCAACUAGACAUCUCAACCUGGGAACUGACAACCCUGUUUACCUGAACGAGUCCCUGACGCCAGCGAGGAGGAUGCUCUUGAAAAAGGCACGAGACUUUCGACGGACCAACGGAUACAAGUGGCUCUGGGUGAGAGGAGGCAAAAUCCUGAUGAGAAAAGAAGACAACGGACCAGUAAUAAAUGUGAAAUGCCAGUCUGACCUUGAUAGCUUGUAA